AUGAUUUACGAUAAUGAUCGUGAUCAUGGUGAUAAUGAAUUGGAUCAUGAAGGUGGUAAUGAUGAUUUGAUGGUCUUGACGAUAAUAUUACAAAUUUGUUUUAUACUUUCUUUAAAGGUGUUUUGCGAUAUGACAACUGAUGGAGGGGGAUUUAUACUGGUUGGUCGUAAGAAUACAUCUGUUACCUGGACUGUUCCAUCCAACAACAAGCCUGUGGAACCAUUUGGCGACCCUCAUUGGACAAGUUCCCUGGGUAACACACCGAUAAUUGACUUUAGAGUUCAAGUAGCAACUCAGGAAAAUUUUAAAGCAACAAAGGCACAUUGGUGAGUAGCCCUUAUGUCUUUUAACAGUAUGAGAGUAGUGCCAUUCUAAAUUGUUUGAGACUAUAUUUUAACUAACUAACUAACUAACUAACUAACUAACUAACUAACUAACUAACUAACUAACUAACUAACUAACUAACUAACUAACUAACUAACUAACUAACUAACUAACUAACUUACUUACUUACUUACUUACUUACUUACUUACUUACUUACUUACUUACUUACUUACUUACUUACUUACUUACUUACUUACUUACUUACUUACUUACUUACUUACUUACUUACUAACUAACUAACUAAUUUCAAUGUUAAUUUAAUAAAGAUUGUUACCGUCAUGUUCAGGUUUUGUAUAGGUAUAGUUGCGCGGCCAAAAUCAAAAUCAAAAUCAAAAUCUUCACUCACAAAUUAAAUUAAUUAAUGUAUUCAUUGGUAUGGGAUAUUUAAAUUUAAUAUCCCCAUUUCUCAUACGCCAUGUUCCUCGCAUGUAAUUUUAAGGUAUUAUAGACUGCGUAAACCAAGAGCACUCAAGAAUCUGAUGAUUAUAAAUAAAGGAGGAUGUGGAAAAACCUCACCGGGAAUAGGUGAUGUUCAAUUUGUUAAAGAUUUGAUGACUGAUAACAUCGUAACUACCAAGUUCCGCUGCUCAAAAUUUGGUAUGGCUCAUAACGCAAAAACAAAAUUUGGUUGGGUAUGUAUUUCGCAACUUAUUUGUAACAAUUUUCAUGCGCAGAAACCUAGUUUAAGAACAUUAUGACUGAUUACCAUUAUGACCGAACGCAUAGAGUAGAUAACACGCUAUCUUUAUGGCACUUGAGGAGGACGCUGCAGUAGUGCGCGGGAUAAUCGCGGGACGAAAGUCAAAAACACGUGGCGGGACGUGGUCUAUCCCACGCAUGCCAACCUUCACGAUAAAAAAAUUGGCAGGGAUUUUUGUUUAAGAAAUGCUAGUUCUGAAAUAUUUGUAAUUAAAUUACCUUUGAAUUACCUUCGUUUAUAGUGCCAAAUCAUUUGUGACAACGAAGAGCAAAUUUACAUUUGAUGCGAAUUUUAUACUAGCUAUGAAGCAAUGCGUUAUAUAUUUUUUUAAAUAUUUGCUGUCAACUACAUAACAUGUUGAAACAUUCAUUAUCUAUGGUAAAAAUUAAAAUGUUUAACGUUUAAGAAGUCUUUCAGAGAAACAGAAUUUCAAAUCGGCUAUUUAGUAUUUUAGUAUAACUAAUUAGCACCAUAGAGAAUGGUAUAGGAAAAUGAAGACACAAAAUACAAUAUUGCACGUAAUUAUUUCUAACUUGUUUCAUUAUAUAUAUGAUUGUUAUAUUACCGUAUAUCUUGAAACAGUGAGCAUUUGAUGACGUUAAUUUGUAAAUUGUUACCUUUGCAGGCUAAGAUGAAUUAUUGCCUGAACAAACCAUGUCGCUGGGGAUUUGCUUUCCAUCACAAAUAUCCUCUACAAACUGACUAUUCUGGUGCAUUCAGGUACAUAAUUAUAC